AUGCCACCAAAAGCCGUCGCAUACCAUUCCGGCAACGUCUACACCGUGUCCAGUAGCCAGCCGCAUGCGGAGGCAUUCAUCGUUGGAGAAGAUGGCUCCUUUCUCACAAUCGGAAGCGAUGCGGAAGUUCUGGCAAUCGCUCAACGUGAUGGUUUGGCAACAUACAACCUAGAUGGAGCCUUUGUGAUGCCAGGCAUACACGACGCGCACGUACACCUGCUCUGGGCCGGGAUGAUCAGUCUCUCAAGUCGGUCUCUGGGAAUGGGCGUCACGAGUCACGAUCUGCCAGAAAAGCUGAAGUCUUGUAGUUGUCACUGUACAGGGGCCUAUGGAGACUGGAUAGUGGGAGACACGCUUGCAAUCGAGGAAUUUGACCGUGAACAUCUGGACAAAAUCUACCCCGACACGCCCGUCGCCGUUCGCGGUGCAGUCGGUCACUCUAUGCUAAUGAACACCGCUGCAAUGAAGAAAGCUGGCUACGAUGAGAACGAGCCAGAUCAAUCUGCGCACCUAUACAUGCGUCGUCCGGACGGAACACUUACAGGCGAAGUGGCAGAGAACGCACAAGAGAAGGUGUUCUUUAGCAUGCCGAGACCGGAUCCGGAGCAUGUCAAGCGUGCGGUCAUGACAUCAGUACGAAAGCUGCAUGAAUGUGGAGUGACGAGCGUGCAGGAGGCCUCUGCAUCUAAGACGGAAUUGAUUGCGUUACAGCAGCUGGACAAUGCUGCUCUGCUGAAGAUGAACGUCGCAGCACAUAUCGCGGUCCGGCCUACGUGGUUGCACGGCGAGCAGGAGGACAUUAUCGCAGAUACACUCGAGAAGGCCGAGACAUACCGGACGCCGCAUGUCGCUACGAAUUUUGCGAAAUUUAUACUGGACGGCGUUCCGAUUUCGCCCAUCAUGACGCAGGCGGGGUUGACAAGCGACGGAGAGGUUGUCAAGUGCAAAAUCCUUGCGCCGGACUUUCUGGAGUUAGCGAGACCUCUGGAUCGAAAGGGUAUGACGAUCAAGUCGCAUGCGACUGGCGUGGGGAGCGUUCGAUUUUGCCUCGACCGGUACGAACAGUUGAGGAGGGAGAAUCCGAACGGACCACGACAUGAAGUUGCACACUGCAAUGCUGUUCGUGAUGAUGACCGUUCUCGUUUCCGCCGGCUCGACGUUACCGCCGAGAUGUCGCCAGCCAAUCUCUUCGCUGUCCAGAAUAUCGCCAUUCCGGAUGGCCUCGCCGACUGGAACUUUGCCAACAUGCUCGAUGUCGGUGCGCAUGUCACGAUCGGCACCGAUCUGUACGAUCAACCCGAUGCGGACCUCUUUGGACCCUGUAUGACGGUCAUGGAGAGUGUGUUGAAGAGCAAGAUGGUUCGAGCGGAGAGCGAGCAGGAGAGGAAGAGGGAGGCUGCCGGGUUGAUACUGAGGAUGCUGACAUUGAGUGGUGCAGAGGCUGUGGGCAGGGAGGCCUUCGUGGGUAGCAUUGAGGUCGGAAAGUGGGCGAACUUUGUUGUGGUGAGUAAGGAUCUAGCAAAGGGUGAGUUCGAGGGAGCGAGGGUGAUGCAGACUUGGUUUGAGGGGGGAUGUGUGUUCAGACGGGACACGCAGAAUGCGAGGGAGGAUGCAGAAGCGAGUGCAUAG